ACACACCCAUUGAUUUAAGUGGGAGCGCAGGCGGAGGAGCGACACUCCGGAGAGGAGCUCAGAGCAGGAGGAGCGCUCACACCAAAGCUGUCCUUAUUAUUCACCCCGAGUCCUUCUCUCUGAAACAUUUUCGGGCAUAUUUGCGGAAAACGGCUUCUCCAUCGUUGCUGAUUUGUGCGCCUUAAUUUCGGGAAGUGGAGAGGAAGGAAGGAGUUUCGCUCCCCCUCCGGGCGCAAGGCGGCUUGCAUCGUGGCUCUUUCACAAGUGGCAUGUCCGAGGGAGACUGCGGGCACAAUUGAACUCCUGCUUUCACCCAAAGAGGAUUCAAUGAAAAUGUCCGUGUGCGUCCAUGAGAAUCGGAAAUCCAGAGCCAGCACUGGCUCCAUGAACAUCUACCUUUUUCACAAGUCGUCCUACGCUGACAGUGUCCUCAUGCACCUCAACGCUCUACGGCAACAAAGGCUUUUCACAGACGUCCUCCUUCAUGCUGGCAGCCGAUCUUUUCCCUGCCAUCGAGCCGUGCUGGCUGCUUGCAGCCGCUACUUUGAGGCCAUGUUCAGCGGUGGGCUGAGAGAGAGUCAGGCCAGUGAGGUCGACUUCCGAGACUCGAUCCAUCCGGAGGUUUUGGAGCUCCUCCUCGACUAUGCGUACUCAUCACGGGUGGUCAUCAAUGAAGAGAAUGCAGAGUCCUUACUGGAGGCGGGUGACAUGCUGGAGUUUCAGGACAUCCGUGAUGCCUGUGCUGAAUUCCUAGAGAGGAAUCUCCACCCGUCCAACUGUCUUGGUAUGCUGUUACUGUCUGACGCCCACCAGUGUACAAAGCUGUCGGAGCUCUCCUGGGGCAUGUGUCUAAGCAACUUCCCUGCCAUUUGCAAGACAGAGGACUUCCUCCAGCUGCCCAAAGAUAUGGUAGUCCAGCUUUUGUCACACGAAGAGCUAGAAACGGAAGAUGAGAGACUGGUUUAUGAAGCUGCACUUAACUGGAUCAACUAUGACCUAGAAAGGAGGCACUGCCAUCUUCCAGAGCUCCUGAGAACAGUUCGCCUUGCCCUACUGCCUGCCAUCUUUCUCAUGGAGAAUGUUUCGACAGAAGAGCUGAUCAACGCCCAGGCAAAGAGCAAAGAACUGGUGGAUGAAGCCAUACGCUGUAAGCUGAAGAUCCUCCAGAAUGAUGGCGUCGUCAACAGCCCUUGUGCACGACCAAGAAAAACCAGCCAUGCCCUCUUUCUUCUUGGAGGGCAGACUUUCAUGUGUGAUAAGUUAUACCUGGUGGACCAGAAGGCCAAAGAGAUAAUCCCAAAAGCUGACAUUCCCAGUCCUAGGAAGGAGUUCAGUGCCUGUGCCAUUGGCUGUAAGGUGUACAUCACCGGUGGGAGGGGAUCAGAGAACGGUGUGUCCAAAGAUGUAUGGGUCUACGACACUGUACAUGAAGAAUGGUCAAAGGCGGCACCAAUGCUCAUUGCCAGGUUUGGCCAUGGCUCUGCUGAGCUGAAACACUGUCUCUACGUUGUAGGAGGACACACUGCAGCAACUGGUUGUCUCCCAGCCUCUCCGUCUGUUUCGCUUAAACAGGUGGAGCAGUUUGACCCCACAGCAAACAAGUGGACCAUGGUGGCACCUCUCCGAGAGGGUGUGAGUAAUGCAGCAGUGGUCAGCGUAAAGCUCAAGUUGUUUGCCUUUGGAGGCACCAGCGUCACCCACGACAAGCUGCCUAAGGUUCAGUGCUACGAUCCCCAGGAGAACCGAUGGACUGUGCCGGCAUCCUGCCCACAGCCAUGGCGUUACACCGCCGCCGCCGUUCUGGGAAACCAGAUCUUUGUGAUGGGUGGCGACACAGAAUUCUCUGCCUGCUCAGCCUACAAGUUCAGCAGCGAGAACUAUCAGUGGACUAAAGUUGGCGAUGUGACGGCCAAGCGCAUGAGCUGCCAAGCCGUGGCAUCAGGAAACAAACUGUAUGUGGUGGGCGGAUACUUUGGCACGCAGCGGUGUAAAACUCUGGACUGCUAUGACCCCACUCUUGAUGCGUGGAACAGCAUCACUACUGUUCCAUACUCGCUCAUUCCCACUGCAUUCGUCAGCACCUGGAAACAUCUUCCUGCUUGAGUCCAAAACUGUUGACAUGUACCCUCUCCAUUCGGCAUCUUCUUACAACCAAUUAACCGGCUUAACUCUUCUCCUCUCGGAUUUCCCCGUUUUGCAUCAUCUACCUGGUCUCCUGACCGUGAAGAAGCACAUAACCUCUGAAGAGAGACGCCGAACAGCGAUGUACAGCUUUCAUUUUGAUGUUGCAAAAAAGAAAAAAAUAAAGACGAAGAAGAAGAAAAAGAUGAAGCGGAGGCAAAAGGAUACAAACGUUCAAAUGGUUUCUGAGGCGGAGGCUAAGACGUACAGGUCAACGGUUCAUGCAAACAAACCAGACUGCAGCUUGUUCCACGAGGUCGGACUCAGACUUCGUGCUUUGGCGCUGCCACCGGAGUGCUGCAAAACAUAUCAGAAACUUGCAUUUUCCUUCAUUUAGUGAGUUUGUGGCAAUAUGUGUUGAUGUUUUCUCUCUGACAUAAAAAAAGAAACACUAUAGCAUGAUGGAUGUUCUGCUUAGGCUGAUUUGUUUGGGGGGGGGGGGGGGGGGGGGGGGGGGGGGGGGGGCUUUAAAGGCACAGUGAAGGAGCAACCCCCCCUUCUGUUUUGUAAUAAGCUCUUCUGUUUGCUUCAUUUUUCUUUCUUGUCACACCUCUGCUUCUAAAGCUUUGGACAUGUUGAAGACAGAACUCUUUAGUGAAGGUUCGGGCAGCGGCUCUGCCGGGUCGGAGGUUGAGGAGGACCGAUGAGGCGGUGCCUCCAGGUCAUGGCCUUACACGUUUGCUGUUUUGCAGCUAUGCCUGCCGGGUCCAUAUAUGGUGUUUGGAUUCCGGCCUUCAGAGGGAACGCCGCCACAUUAAGCUGCACACUUGAUGCUGUAAAAGACCGGCUGCUGCUUCUGUUCUGCUGAGAAAAGUGGCUACUUGCUUGCUGACUCGUAGCAUGUCCACUCUUGGUGAUUCAGUAAAACACCGGCAUGAAAUCGUGUCACCUUAAACUGAGAAUUCAUCAGUUUCUUCUUAAACGUGCUGCAACGUAGUCUUAAUUCAUACGGCAGUGAUGACUCUUGUUAUGUUCACGUGUCUGAUUCUAUUUAUUUCUUCUCUGCCAACAUCCAUGUGCGACUGUAUGUUUGGGUUGUGUCGUGCAUGGCCAGCUGUUUUAGCUAGUCUUAGUGUGCUGCUGCAUUUUGCACAAUCCAGUCUUUUCAUGAAGAAACUCAUUCUUUUAAAAAACAUAGGUGUGCACCCCUUGCAGGGUUUUUUUUAUUUCCAAAUGACUGAAAACGACAGGAUGGUCUUAGGAUAUUAAAAACAGUGAUCAAGCCCACCCCUUUUGCUUCAUUUUAGUAAAUGAAGAAAAUACAAACUUUUUCAGCUCAUGGGUUCCUGGAAGAAAGAAAAAAUGAAUGCAAGUGAACGGGGCUACCAGAGCUAUUUUGUAAUCCGCUUGUUGUACUUCAAUUUAAAUGAAAAGUAAUGGUUAGGGAUGUCCGAAGUUAUCGGUCUACCAAUAAUAUUGGCUGAUAUUGGCCCUAAAAUGUAAUACUGGAAAAUAAUGGUAUCGGGUUUUUACUCCUUCGUGACCCUACUUUUACAUACCAUGCACAUAUUACACAUCAAACUCUUCGGCUUCAUCUCCUCUCUCUCAAAAUUCCAAAAUAUGGAUUGAUGGUUUUUGAGAUACUUUCGUUUCAUAUGACACAACUUGUGAAUAAUUAGGAAUUUUUUAUUAAUCAAACCUUUUCCCACCAUGAACUUAAUGAAUAUCUUUUGCCUGAAGAUAUCUGUUGGAGACAAAUUAAACAUGGGGGACCCUGCAUAUAUCGGCAUCGGUUAAUACCGGUAUCAUGUCGGUAAAAAGCCACCUGGCAUCCCUAGAAAUGAUGCGUGUUUCGACCACACCAGUCGUGCACUUUGACAUUCAUCAGCUUGUAAAAGUUUGUAAUUACCAUGACUACAAAUCUGACAUUGGCACGUUGCAUGUAUGACGUCACCACAGAGUCUCCUCUCCCCUAGCGUAACUGCUGUGUACCACAUGGCCAGAUUUGUGGUGGUUUUUUCCUCCUGAAUGAAAGAUUCAAUGUUCGCUGAACUUACAGCCAUUUUCCCUCGGGUUUUCUCCGUUUCUAGUUUGAUGGCGUCACGUUGGUGAUGAGCAUUUGUAAUCCUGGAUGAGUUUUCACACAAAACCUAAAACAACUUUUGCCGCCAGUGGAAAAAAAGCACUUUCUUGGCAUCAGAAUGCAUCUAUAAAAUUCAUCGUAUGUGACAUCCGUGGCACAUAACAAACGGAAUUAGAAAAUAUAGUUUUUAGCCCCAUUGACUUGCAUUCUUCCUGGGACCGAUGAUCUGGAAGUAGAUGGGUGAGACUUAAGCUUCCUACAGACCCUGUGAUUCACUAACCAUCAGAAACCUGGAUGUGGUUAAGAACUUGACAACGUUUGCAGCUGGAGGACUGUCACAUGUCCAUGUGGCUCCUUAAGUCUUCAUCCAAAGUCCUCUGAACCAUUUGGGAUUUUGUUCAGAAAGCUGUGCUUUGUUAAGGGCAGGUACCACAGUGCUUUUCACCAUAGUGUCACUGGUGCACAUUAGAGAAAAUAAACAAAUGUUUCAAUCUCAUAAAGACCAAAAAGCAGCAAAUGUCUUAAAAUAUUUGGUGUUUUUUCUCUGUCUGUCUACGCCGACGUGUUACGGCUGACGUGAACUCCACUGUAAAAGUCUUGUUGGGUUUUGUUUUUUUAUUUUCUGAUGAUUUUUGAGUCACAUCAGGUUGCAAAAAAAGAUGUGGUUCAGCUCUUUGUGCCACUCAGAAAUCCCUUCUAUUGUUAAUUUGAAGACUUCUACAGAGACCAUUGUGGCUCCAUAAUGCUGACCACAUCCAGCCGCUGAACUAAAGAAUCUCUGGACUCGCCAAUCAGAAACGAGCAUUCCUUUCCCAAAGAAAACAAGUUUCCCUGGCAACAGCCAGAAAUGAAUGACCCCUUCAAUUUGCACCUAAUUGCUGGCAUUUACCCAUCCGUCCCCCCCCCCCCCCCCCCCCCCCCCCCCCCCCCCGUUUCUUACCCUCUGUUUUAUCUAAAGUGGUUUAGCUUUGCUCAGACUGCAGCUUUCUACGAUGAUGUAAAUGAGACAGAAGAUACUGUCUGUGUGCAUCACCUUUCUGUUUUUUUUCCAUCGCGGUGACUUUUAUUUCAAUUUUAUAUGGCGUUAUUUUGUACAUGUGAUUUUUUUCACAAUGUGAAAUUCAUGGCUAAUAAACAUAAGAGUUUUUUCCUCUUGA